GUGGCUCAAUUAAGGUUCCAUAAAAAAAGCUUCAAAAAAAGAAGACGGAAAAAUCUCAGAGCAACCGAUCUGAUCGAACUUUCUAAAGAGAAAUAACAAAACGAAGAAGACGAACUCGAAAACCUAGCCCUAACCCUAACCACAACCAUGGCCAGGUACGACAGGGCUAUAACCGUCUUUUCACCUGACGGUCAUCUCUUCCAGGUCGAGUACGCUCUCGAGGCCGUUCGUAAGGGUAACGCCGCCGUCGGAGUUCGCGGCACCGAUACCAUCGUUCUCGGGGUAGAAAAGAAGUCUACUGCUAAACUUCAAGACUCCAGAUCCGUGAGGAAGAUUGUGAACCUGGAUGAUCACAUUGCAUUGGCAUGUGCUGGGCUUAAAGCCGAUGCUCGUGUGUUGAUAAACAAGGCGAGAAUCGAAUGUCAAAGCCAUCGACUUACUGUUGAGGAUCCAGCAACUGUUGAGUACAUAACUCGCUACAUUGCUGGACUUCAACAGAAGUACACACAAAGUGGUGGUGUUAGACCGUUCGGUCUAUCAACUUUAAUCAUUGGCUUUGAUCCCUACACAGGUGCACCAGCACUAUAUCAGACAGAUCCUUCUGGGACAUUUUCAGCCUGGAAAGCAAAUGCAACUGGAAGAAACUCUAACUCAUUACGUGAGUUUCUUGAGAAAAACUACAAGGAGACAGCUGGGCAAGAAACCAUCAAGCUCGCCAUUCGUGCUUUGCUUGAGGUUGUUGAAAGUGGAGGAAAGAACAUAGAAGUUGCAGUUAUGACAAGGGAACAAGGUCUGCGACAACUAGAAGAAGCUGAAAUCGAUGCCAUUGUUGCCGAGAUAGAAGCUGAGAAAGCCGCUGCAGAGGCUGCAAAGAAGGGCCCUUCAACCAAAGAAACAUGAUCGAUGAUUUCCCAUUUCACCUUGCUACUAUUGUUUUUUUAAGAACUCGUAAAUCUGCAUUCCCGGUGUUCUUGUUAUAAUCAGCAUUUUAGAGGGAUUACUAUCUUAGUUAAAACUGCCCUUUCAUACAUGUUGUUGGUUCUUACAUCUAAAUAUGCCUUUGAAAUUAUUUUUAUUUAUGGAAUAUGAGUUCAAAGACAAUUUUCAUAA